ACGUUAUACGUUCAUUUUCCGAUAGUUAUUAGUUAUUUAUCGACUUCGUAAAAAUCCUUUUAAAAUUCACAUCGUGUCAUACUUUGAGGCGUGUUAUUUCAGUCCCUUUGGAACAAUCCCUAGCACAAUCCAGCCUCAGGGUGAUCAGUCUGUUCGUAGGGGCUUUCCGAUGUUGAGUCACUGCCACUUUAUUAUUAUUUUAUUUCGGACCGGUGGUCAUUGAUCUGAUAUUAUGGAAUUGAUGCAAAACAUUUUAAUUUUGUCACUGAUUGCUAUCACCGGAAUCUCCGCAGUUGUCGAAUACGAACCGACUGACUAUUUAUCAGCAGAGAUUGAAGUAGGUGAUCUGGAAUUGCAAGAUGCCUGCACGUCCAUAUCCAAUGGUCGAAAAAUUGCACUACUUAAUAACACUUAUGAAAAUAAGAUUAAAGCUGAAGAAUCGUACGGCAACAUACUUAAAUCUAUAGCAGAAACGUUGAAGGGUUUCUCGGAAAUCCCCAUUGAUUACGAACGGUACAACAUACUGUAUACAACACCGGGAGAUCCGUUAUUGCCAGAAAAAGAGUACAAACAGUUAGUGGAGUUUGAGAAUGAAAAUGAAGAAAUUAAAACUUCCAUGAAAAUCCCAUGUGUUGAAGAAGUUGAUGGAUGUCCUUUGAGUGUUGGAGAGUAUGAAACUAUUUUGGAGGAGUCAAGGGAUCUAGAUCGUGUAAAUCUGACCUGGAGCCGGUGGCAGAAUGGAUUCGAAACUACAAAAACAAAAUACCCUGCAAUUUUGCAAUUAGUUAACACCGCUGCUAAUCUGAAUGAACUUGGUUCUGCAAGAUCCUAUUGGGAAAUGCUUCUGGAGUACGAAGAUGCUUAUUCUAAAGCUGAGUCGUUUUGGGAUGAGAUUAAACCGCUUUAUAUGAAGCUGCAUAAUUUCGUAAAAGUUCGGUUAGAAAAUAAAUAUAAGUUAACACUAGGUUCAGAACUUCCGGUAUAUUUAUUGGGUACAAAUUUUGGAAAUGACUGGAGUAGUUUGGCUGAUUUAGUUUUACCCCAUCCUCAGAUACAUUAUGAUGCAGAAUUUUAUUUAGGAAAUAAGGAUUUGAGACACGUGUAUCAACUCGCCGAGAACUUGACAAAACAAAUGUCCCUUGGAGGUUUUGGGAAGAAGUUCUGGUCGAAAAGUUCUUUUAACACUGCAGCUUGUGAGCAUAAAGUGUUUACUUACUGCUCAGAAAAAUACUCCGAAUUAUAUGAUUGCAACAAGACUAGCUGGUCCACUUAUUUAGACGCACAUGAAACUGCAUUAAAAAUCGCCUUGACCAACAAGGAUUUUUAUUCAUUUACUUCCAUUAAUCUGCGAGUUCCCGUGAUAAAUGAAAUUGUCCAAAAUCUGGGACCCAUUUUAGCAGUUGAAAACCUUCCUCACCACAAAAUUUUGGAUUCUGACAUUUUUAAAAUGGAUGUAUACAAUAAUACGGAGAAAAAGGCGGCUCUGUUAUUGGUGGCCUUGAAAGUUUUGCCCAAAUUGCCGUACUAUUUGGUAGCAGAUAAAUGGAGGUUGCAGCAAUUAGAAACACCAAGCGAAGAUGUUGCUGGAAGUUGGUGGAAAUUAAGGCAAGAAAUUCAGGGAGUUUCAGGAAAUACGAAUCAAGAGAGUGAUUUUUUGGGCGAUUCUUACAUUAACUCCAAUAGACCUGAAAUAGGAAAAUUCUUUGGAACCAUAUUCAGUUUUCAAUUAUUAAAUCAUUAUAGAUCUAUUAUGACUGAUCCUACUUCGAAUAUUGCCUUGAAAAUUGGAGAAGAUAUAACCUUUUCUGAUAUGAUUAAGGAAAGAUCCACAACAGACUGGGUAUAUUUAAUAUCAUACUUGAACUUAGACUUAUCAACUAGUGCCUUAUUGGAAUAUUUCAAACCAUUGGAAGAAUAUCUGGAUUCUGCGCCCUUGGAGCAGGAAAAGUUGAUCUAUAGAACGACUACAACUACUACCACCACCACGACAACAACCACAACCACAAGUAAACCACCGAUUGAAAAACGUGUGAUAGUAAAAAAAGAAAAUCUUAAAGAAUUUCCGCAAGGAGAUGCUCCUAAAGUGAUCGAAAGUUCAAAUCGCCAGGAGGAGUCGCCACCUGCAGUUUCGAACGUCGGAGUUUUUAUUACAGUUGGUGUUAUUGCAGGGUUAUGUGUUAUAUUUGCAAUUGGGGUUGUUGUUAGGAAAAAAUUACGUAAACCUAGGACGAAUAAUCGACGUUUUGAAGCGUAAUAAGAAAAAGCCAGUAUUGGCAAAUUUACCGACAUACCCAGUUCCGCCAAAUGUAAUUUAUUAUUUUAGAAUAUGAUUAAGUGUUAUGUUAUGGUGGAUGUUGUUAUAGUUGUAGUAUUACAUUACACAUGAUUUCUUUAAGGUACGAUUGGUCACAGAUGGUUAGUGGGACCUUACAGACAAUCCUUACUUGCACUGCAAAGCACUGAGUAUCAAAAGUAAGAGGGAAAUAAAAACCUGACAGUGUGUUUUAUUCCCUAGCUGUACUAGUAGUAGUACUACUCAGCACUGCAAGCAACCCAGAAUACGAUUCGUAACUGCCACCGACCGUACUCACGCAACAUUGAUGAAUGACAAAAAACGUUUACAUGUUUUGUAAGCAUUUGAUAGAAGACUGUUUGAUUAAGUUUUCAUUUGUAAAUAGCUAUAUUUAUUUAUUGGUUUUGUGAUAGUUUUUUAAAUUGUUUAAUGUACAUAUUAAUUACUAGUCAAAUACACAUAUUUUUAUGAAA